AUGAAACUGAUUUCGUGGAACGUGAACGGCAUCCGCGCGGUGCUGCGAAAAAACCUUUUCCUGCCGUUCGUAGCGGACCACGAUCCGGACGUCAUCUGCCUGCAGGAGACCAAGGCCCACCCACAGCAGGUGGCACUCGAUCUGCCGUCCCACCCCUACCAGUACUGGCACAGCGCCGAAAAGAAGGGCUACGCCGGCACGGCGAUUUUUUCCAAGCGCGAGCCGGUGUCCAUAAGCUAUGGCAUCGGCGUGGCAUCCUUCGACAGCGAGGGGCGGCUGGUUGCCACGGAGUUCGAAGAUUUCUACGCCGUCUCGGUGUACGUGCCCAACUCCAAGCGCGACCUGAGCCGACUGGAUGAGCGUCAGGAGUGGGACCGCGCCUUCCUCGCUCGUUUGAAGGGUCUGGAGAAGCACAAGCCGGUGGUGUUCAGCGGCGAUUUCAAUGUCGCGCACACCGAUAUCGACCUCGCCCGACCCAAGGAAAACGAGGGCCAUCACGGCUAUACGAGGGAGGAGCGCAGCGGCUUCGACGACUUCGUCAGCGCGGGCUUCAUCGACACGUUUCGCCACCUGCACCCCGACGAGCGUCACCAAUACACUUGGUGGCGGCAAAUGGGCGGCGCGCGCGAACGCAACGUCGGCUGGCGCAUUGAUUACGUCAUGAUAUCCGCCGCCCUGCUGCCCCGCCUGGAAUCCGCCUCGAUCCUGUCGGACGUGUACGGAUCGGACCACUGCCCGGUUGGGAUCACAUUGAGCCAAUAA